AUGGCAGACACCAUGAGUUUAAUCAUCAUGUAUGCAUUGGUUGCAUUAUGGGCACUCAUUAUUGUACUGAUUAUGAUACUUAUGGUUGUCCUUUGUUUUCGCAUGGAUUCUUCCAACCGAGAUCCCGAAAUUGGGGUAUCUAACUAUCCGAUAGCUGAACAGGGCAUGCAAGGACCACCAUUGCAGAAGCAGCUCAAAGAAGCUUCAAGGCUGAUCAUGGUCGAGACCGCUGUUCAGUACAAGAAUGAAGAAGGAACUGAAUCGCGUUGCACCGAGUGUGUCAGAUGCUUAGAAGAGUUCAAAGAUGGAGAUUCUUGUAGGGUUCUUACAAACUGCAACCAUCUGUAUCAUCAACUUUGCAUAGAUGAAUGGCUGGUUAAGAACUCGCAUCGCCCCCUUUGUCGUGGUUCGACCAUGUAA